UCUUCAGACCCCUAAUUUCAAUCGUAAAAUUGCCCGCAAAAAUUUGUUGUUCGUAGCUAUCUGUUGAGUGUUGAGGGUUUUUCUUAGGUAUUUUUCUUCUCAUUCUCUGUUGUUGCAUCGCAGAAAGCUUACAAUAACAGCUCUUCAAUCAGCAGCUUCAACAAGGGAAAGCGAAAGUGAGAGACAAUGUCAGUGCUUAUAGUGACAAGCUUAGGGGAGAUAGUUGUGGAUUUGCAUACAGACCAGUGCCCUCUCACUUGUAAAAACUUCUUGAAGCUCUGCAAGAUAAAAUAUUAUAAUGGGUGCCUUUUUCACACGGUUCAGAAGGAUUUCACUGCACAGACUGGUGACCCAACUGGAACGGGUUCAGGUGGUGAUUCAGUUUACAAAUUUUUAUAUGGUGAUCAGGCUCGCUUUUUCAACGAUGAGAUUCAUCUUGAUUUGAAGCAUUCUAAGACAGGCACUGUUGCGAUGGCUAGUGCUGGAGAGAAUCUCAAUGCUUCCCAGUUCUACUUGACAUUGCGUGAUGAUCUUGAGUACCUUGAUGGGAAGCACACGGUUUUUGGUGAGAUAGCAGAGGGGUUUGAGACAUUGACAAGGAUCAAUGAGGCUUAUGUGGAUGAGAACAACCGACCCUAUAAAAAUAUCCGAAUCAAACAUACUUACAUAUUGGAUGACCCUUUUGACGAUCCUUCACAACUAGCUGAGUUAAUUCCUGACGCCUCCCCUGAAGGAAAACCGAAUGAUGAGGUUGAUGAUAAUGUGCGGCUUGAAGAUGAUUGGGUUCCUCUGGAUGAACAAUUAGGUCCACAAGAACUUGAAGAGCGUCUUCGUGCCAAAGACGCACAUUCCAGUGCGGUUGUGCUAGAGAGUAUUGGGGAUAUUCCUGAUGUUGAGAUAAAACCUCCCGACAAUGUGCUUUUUGUUUGUAAAUUGAAUCCAGUAACUGAAGAUGAGGACUUGCACACAAUUUUUUCGCGUUUCGGAACUGUUCAAGCGGCUGAUAUAAUUCGUGAUUUCAAGACUGGAGAUAGCUUAUGCUAUGCAUUCAUAGAAUUUGAGACCCGAGAAGCAUGCGAACAAGCAUAUUUUAAGAUGGAUAAUGCUUUGAUUGAUGACCGGAGAAUACAUGUGGAUUUUAGUCAAAGUGUUGCAAAACUGUGGUCCCAGUACAGGCGCAAAGAUCAAAAUGGCAAAGGCAAAGGUUGCUUCAAAUGUGGUGCACUUGAUCACAUUGCCAAGGAUUGUACCGGUGAUCCUGCCAACAAACAGCAACCUCAAAAGUUCAUAUUGAAGGAUGAUAAUGUACAGCGUGGUGGUGGCAAAAACUCCAGUUAUGAUAUGGUAUUUGAUGGAGACACUCCGGAAAGCCCAAGGCAAGAGAAGAGAAGUCAAGGUCACAAUAAUGACCGUGGACUCGAGAAACAAAGUAUGAAUAGGCAGAGUUCCGAGGACCUAAGGUGUAGGGAUCGAGAAAAUAAAGACUCAAGUUAUAGGGAGAGGCACAGUGACAGAAGUAUAGGGUACAUAGAGGAUUCAAGUCGAGACAGUAAAGCAAAUCGAUCCAGUGGAAGCAGAAGUGGUCGAGAUCAUCUUGAAGAGGGAAGGGAUAGAGAAAGGCGUAAGGACAGACAAAGAGACACAGAUGAUAAAACAGAUCAGCGUGAGAGCAGAUAUGCAGAUGAUACCAAUGCAGACAGGAGGGGCGAUAGAGAUUACAGAAAGAGGAGUGCACAUAGUGAUAGAGAGAAUCAUAAGGAGAGGCAGAGAAACAUAGAUGAUAAGAUCGAUCAGCUGGAGAGUGGAAAGAGAAAUGCAGAUGGUGGUGAGAGGGGUGAGGUAAAAUACAGGAGGAGUGCAGAUAGUGAUAGACUAGCGGAACGGAGUAGUGACAGAGAGUACAGAAAGAGAAGUGCAGCUGAUGAUAGCCUUCGAGAAAAGAGGGACAACGGAGAUUAUAGGAAGAGAAGUGUAGAGAGGAGGGAUGAAACAGACUAUAAAAAGAGGCAUGCAGAUGGUGACCGUCGAGACAAGAGAGACGAGCCAGUCCAUAAGAAAAGAAGUGCAGAUGUUGAUGGCUAUAGAGCUACAAGGGAUAGAGAACAUAGAAGGUGAUAAUGGCAUCUUGAUCCCGAGAAAAACUUCUCAUGAUGUAUAACUUUGACAUCCGAAUACCGACGCAGACUUGUUUUUCUUUUUGCAGCAAUGUACUUUUGUACCAAAGAAAUUAAAAACUUUGGAGUUGGUAUCUCGGUCUGUAUCUGAAUUUCUGAAUCAAUCCGUUACGGAGGGAGAAAAUGGUGUUUGGUAUUAAUCCCGCUAUUUGAAAGUGAA